AUGGACCUGCUGCAAUCCAAGGACGAGGAGGACGUGAACUUCGAGUCGCUGUUUGGCUCUCUCGAGAAGUAUAUCUCGGUCGAGGCGGUGGACGGCACCGUCAAACAGUACUAUGACGACAUGAUCUACAUGCUGAAGAUUUUCCCAAUGCAGUGCCUGUAUCUCUCGUGCUGCUUCCACAAGGCGCUCACGCAGGCCUACAUCUUCAGGAGGCAACUCUUGAGGCAGGAGCUGUCGAACUCUCGCAAGUUCUAUGGUAACAUCAAGUGCUGGGUCAUCGAAGUGAGGAACCUGGAGUACAAGAGGCUGGAGACCUCAGACUUUGAUCAGAACCAGAUCCCAUGCCUUGUCGCCAGGCUCUCGAUCGAGGGACUCUCAAGGUCGACGACCAAGUUCACUCCCAUCCGCAGCUUCGACGACACGCUAGAGCCCGCAAGGAUCAACCAGGACUUUGAGUUCUUCGUGAAGCGGCCGACGUCUCUCAUCUAUGUGGACCUCCUGUACCUCAACGAGGCAGCAGAGGAGGGGAGCCUGGAGCGAGAGCAGCUGUUCGGGCAUGCUGCCAUCCCCAUCCGACGGUUCGAGAGCCAGAAGAACGUGCGGGAGUGGUUCAAGCUGGUGAGGAACGAUGGGACGAUCGGAGAGGUGAAGCUGAGGAUCCAGUAUUCGUUCAAGGAGGAGAGCAUGAGCAUCUGGGAUGCAGAGCGAGGAAUCCCUCGGUCUGUGGAGAGCGGAGGCCCUCACUUCACCCUGGGGAUGAUAGGGGUGGGGCAAAUCGGAACCAAGAUCCUCGAGUCCCUACUGCGCUGCGAGAGCUUCGACGGCGGGAACGUGAUCGUGUCCACCCGGCGACCCCAGAAGCUGAGCGCCUACGAGAAGCUCGGGGUCACCGCCAUGCUGGACAACUCGGCGGUGGCGAGCAGAGCCGACCUUGUCAUCGUCUGCUGCCCCCCGUCGAGCCUGAAUGCUGUAGCGAGGGACGUGCGGGGGAGGCUGAAGAGCACAACCCUUGUGCUCUCCUGUGUUGCUGGAGUUGCGUCGGAAAGGCUGGCGGGCUUGUUCGGGAUCUCUCCUCGAAACGUCUUCCGUCCCUCCAUAGAUGUCAAGGUGGGAGGAGGAGGAGCUUGUACCAGCGGUGUAACACCGUGGCAGGAGGGAUUGAAGGAGGGGGAGGCAUGGGAGCUGCUAUACAACGUGUUCGUGUCUGUCAUCAGCAACGUCGGCAUCCCUGAGCGCAUCGCCAACAAUAUCGUCUCGAAGUCCCUCGAGGGCAUGCUGGAAGAGCUGUGCAUCCGCGGCGAGCACGUCCCUCUAUCCCACCUGGAGGAGGGCGCCGCUGUCAACGUGUUGCCGGGACCCAACGACGUGGACGUUAGGAGGGGGACGGUGCUGUCAAGGAUCCCCGAUGAGCGAGACGAAUACAUCGUGUCGGUACAGGACAAGGAAGUUCGAGUGCGGAGGAACCGCGUUGAGCGGGUAUCGAAGGAUGGGACAACCAUCGAGGAGGAGGAGGAAGGCUUCCUUGUCAUGACGGAGGCGGUCAAGGGUUUCGAUGACUCGAAGGAGAAGAUGAUGAAGUAUUUCGAGAGCGUUGCCGAACGAUCAACAACUGGGUUGGAAAGAGUCGGAGGCAAGAAGAGUGUGACCAUCGCGUCAAGUGCAAAACAGUAG